GGGUCCGAGAGAGCCUCUAGACAAAACAGAGUCUCCGCCCUGCUUUUGUUGCGGAUUGAGAGAGAGAGAUCCGAAUCUGAUCAGAGAAUUGUAGAUUGAUCGAAGAAGAUGAACACUGACAUCACUGCCUUGGAGAAGCCCCAGUACCCCGUCGUUGAUCGGAAUCCUCCAUUCACAAAAGUCGUCGGAAACUUCAGCGUCCUCGAUUACCUCCGUUUCUCCACCAUCACCGGCGUUUCCGUCACCGUCGGCUAUCUAUCAGGGAUUAAGCCUGGGAUCAAGGGACCGUCAAUGGUGACUGGAGGGCUGAUCGGACUCAUGGGUGGGUUCAUGUAUGCGUAUCAGAACUCGGCGGGGAGGCUCAUGGGUUUCUUCCCCAACGAAGGCGAGGUCGCUAGCUACCAGAAGCGUGGUGGGUUCUCCAAAUGAGUCUAGGGUUUUUGCUGGAUCUGGGUUCGAUUUCGAAAAGAAGUCUCUUUUUUUUUUUUAAUUUGCUACUCCUUUUGUUUGAGGAUAAUGUUUGCCUCUGUUUGUUACAACUUAUGAUGAUGCUGACCAAUAAAGAUUCGAGCUUGCUAAACGGUUUGAGAAAGUGAAUUUCUGUUGAGAAAAUAUUCAUGUGGUUAUGAUGUUUUGGAACAUCUUUAUUCAGAGGAGUAUCCUUUUGGUAUC